CAAGCCUUAAACUGAUGGAAAGUGAAAGUGCCCUAUAUGACCAUUUAAUCCGAUACUUGUUUGGGCUACUGAACAUUUGGAAUCUUUCAAUGUGUGUGAGGUCUCAGCUUUGUACAUACACCAUCCACAUGAAGUGAAAAUAUUUCACCAACUGGUUUAUAUAUAUCUAACGAGAGAAAGUGAACUUUAUACAUAACUUGGAAAUAGUUUGACAGCGUGAAAGGCAUCUAAGGAUAAUAUUAAAUGUAUACUCUGACAGAAAAUCCUUUCGUUGUAUAUUGAAAAGCAACAUUACCGACAGAAAUCGCCAUUAAAAGAGGAACUGGAACGACAUUUACCGUGCUUCAUUUCAGAAACGGAAGUGCGUGUUCUCUCACACAUUGCUUCAAGUAAAACGAGAUAUUGUCGGACAAUCUGGGAGAUUCUUACGAACGCCUGCUUUUCCUUCGUGAACUCACCUCAGAAAAGGAAACUGAUCUACGACUUGACCUAGCUGAUAAAGAGAAUUAGUAAUAUCAUAUUUAGACAUUGAAAAAUAUUCAAGAAAGGAAAAGGAAAAAAAAAGUGUAGUGUUUUAAACAUAUGAUAAAUGCUACUGUAGCCAGCGUACGCCCAGAAAUCUGAGACGGGAAACAUUUAAUGAUUUAAACAAAUAUCUUGUUACUAAAUGUGACAUCUAAAUAAAUAUAUAUCAAAUAUUUUAAGGUAUAGAGUUAAAUAGUUACUCUAUACAGAAUAAAUAGACACAGUAUCGCCCGUUUGACAUUAUAUUUAGCAUACAAAAAUUAUCGGUUCAGCAUUGAUAGUGUUCGCUAAAUGCUGCUAUUUUCUAACAAAAGGAACAUUGAAAUGGUUUCGGCCCCGUGGUUAGGGUAUCGCUUACCGGGAUGAGACGUUUAGGAAGAUAGCAUCACUUUGACAAAUGACGGCAGAUUUACUGAAGAAAAGAACAUAUUUAGGUGUAUUGUUCGGCAGAUUAAUGUCGUAAAAUUUCCUUAUUUAUGAACUGUUACUCUACGAUAGAAAUAUUUGACUCCCAAUUAUUAACAUUUUAUCCAUCGUCGAGCAAACAAAAAAGAGAAAAUUAAUAUUAAUGAAUUGGGUACUUCAUAGAUCUAAAAGGAAUAUAUAUAAUUGUGUCAAUAUUGUAAAAAAGUAUCAAUUCAAAAUAGCUACUUUAAGAGGAGAAUAAAGCUUUAGUUCGGAUUUCUUCUUUUAGGAAAUAUGGCUUAAAAAGUAACAUUAUAUUUAUCAAAGUUUCAAUUGCGCGAUUGUAUUAAUAAAUCAUUUAACUAAAACGGAAAACUGCACAAAAAGUUAUAACUUUGAGGGGAGAAAACCUCUAUUAUAAUUGCAAAAAUAAUUUGAUUAAUAAUAAACUAUUUAUUAUCGAAUUAAAGGUAAGAUUUAGAACACAAUUCUAUCCUAACUUAUUUAUAAUAAUGGAGAAAACUGCAAAACAGAACGUCGAGUUAGAUGAUGACAAUAUAGAUGUGGAAAAUGAGGAUUCAUCAACCGAUUCUCUAAGAGAAAGUGAUAAAGAGUCAAGAUUACAUGGAAGCGAAGUAAGCGGUGAAAACAGCGAGACAACUCUUGGUAAGGAUAAAGAGGUUGAUAAACAUUCAAAGAACGGAGACAGAAAUAGCUUUUUUCCAGUACAUCACAGAUUAACAGAGAAUUAUCUAAAGAGAAAAUAUCAAGAAAUCGAUGAAAGUGAUGAAUCGCCGCAGAAAUUUAUAAAUGAUUCUAUACGCCCACGAACUGAUGACAAAGCACCUACAAAGUUUAAUGGCGAACAGAUAUUUCCAAUGGACGCUUCUUUAAAGACACUUAGCGCGGCGCAUGGCGCCGGGCUUGGAAUCAACAGUAUUAUAAAUUCUAAAUCUAGUUCAACUAUAGGUUCAUUAUUUGAGGACAGAUUGAAAUGCUCAGCUUCUUCAUCAGAACAUUCUAGUGUGUACAGUUCAAGUUCCUCGCAAAAACCUCAUACAUGUGCAACAAAUUCUACUAGUGACUCUAAAGAAGAGCCUAAGCUUCAGAACAACAGACCUUCGUUUCUGAUAACAGACAUUCUUUCAUCUGACAGUAGUAAAAAGGACAGAGAAGCGUGUCAGAGCGUGUUUACAGACCCUCGAUUACUGUCGCUCCCACACCGACAUUUUCUGGACCGACCGUUAACCGCCAGCUCUUGUGGGUCCGAUCCUGGCAGUACAGCAGUUCAUAGAUUUACUGAUGACAGUGAUUUCGAGGAUGACAAAUCCGACAAUGAAGAGAAUUCAGAGACCCAUGACACCUCUGAUGGCACGCCACACCUUCUGAAACCCAAGAAACCGAGGAAAGCCCGAACAGCUUUCACUGACCAUCAGCUGAAUUCUUUAGAGAAGACUUUUGAGAGACAGAAGUAUCUCAGUGUGCAGGACAGAAUGGAACUGGCGGCCAAACUCAACCUGACAGACACCCAAGUCAAGACGUGGUAUCAAAACAGAAGGACAAAGUGGAAACGACAAACAGCGGUUGGUCUCGAACUUUUAGCAGAAGCCGGAAACUAUGCUGCCGUGCAACGCAUGCUUCAAACGAAUCCAUACUGGUUCACUUAUCACCCUCAAGCCGCUGGCAUCAUAUCCAACCUUGACGCCUUGUACUACAGGCCUCAGACAGAGAACACUUUGACACAGGCGGCCCAGAGACCAACACUGCCAAGAAUGUUCAUACACGGUUUACAGCAACAUGUUAACCAUUUACCUAGUCCAGGAAUGUUCGGAGAAAAUAGAAACUGAGAACGGUAGCCACAUGAUACAACAGAAACUAAAAGUUUCACUCGAUAAAUAAUCAUGGGAUGACAACAACACCUAUAGAGACUGAAACAGAUAAAAAAAGAAACAGGUGACAAACCAGAAACUGCAAAUCUAAAUGUGAUAAAUGAUCACGUAAUAAACACAACAGUCCUGGAGAAGGAAACAAUUGAACAUCACGAGGAUGAGAAGACUUGAGAUCAUCACGUGCUAAAACAAUAAAAGAAUUUGAGACGUGCAAUAUAAAUUACGUGAUGAAACACAACAACUACAGGUAUCUAUAACAGGAAGUGAGAGUUUGGAAACAUAAACUAAACAAAACCUAUAAAAUAUAUGCUGCAACUGAAGAAACAGCCAACAACAAAUGCAGCUAUAUUGGCACAUUUACGUCCAGUGCCAAACAAGGGACUUGACCUGAGUGAUAAAAUUCAUUUUUAAAAUUACAAUGUUGGUCUUAACUCGCCGAAAAAAAGGUGUUAGAUCAAAGAGAAAGAAGUUAUAUAAUAACAUAAAAUUAUAAAUGUUGCUUGACAUAGAAAUCUUGCGACACAGUAAAUAGGUUUUGUCGAUUUAACAUGCCAAACAGUCAUUGUAACCAAAUGUCAUAUGAGCCGU